UGACUGAGUGACCCUCACGAUCUCUCUGUCUCUCUCUGUUUGCGAGCUCAUUCACUCGCAAUUCCGCAUCACCACCACCACAUGACCAUUUCCUUCUUGGAACUUCCCUAAACAGCAACCCCUCCUCUCUCGCUCCCCUCUCGUCCCUCCGUUCCGUCCCCCGCCUCUCUCUCCUCCGGGUCUGUGCUCUUGGGUUCUCUUUAAUUGGUCUGCAUUUGCCUUUCUUGGAUUCUUUGACCCAAGUCCCUCUUUCCCAUCUUUUCUCCUCCUUCUUCUUCUCCUUUUGAUUUUCUUGGGGGGGCGUUCUUUCGUCUUUCUCUUCGAAAGCAAGGAUCUUGGUGGGUUCUCGCUGCGUUGUUCCUCAAUUGCUUCCGACCCUUUUCUCGUCUUCUCGAGUUGGUGAGCGAGUGCGGGGGGGUGAUUGUGUCCCUGUGUGCGUCGUUUGGACAUUUUUCUUUUGUGGGUCUUGUGUUUUGGAUGCGCUGUUGAUGUCUUUGGCCGUUGGAGUGGCUUCGAGUUCCAAGAACAUGGGAUUUGAUGAGAAGAGCAGCAAGUCCAAGGGAAUUACGGAGGCGAAGACACCUCCGAAUGAAGAGAACGAGGAUGAAUUGCGAGGAGAGAAGGUCCACAGGACCUUGAGCGAGAGCUCCAUAUACGCCACCGAGGAUGAUGAAGAGGAGGACGCGAAGAAGAUUGACUUGGGUCCUCAGGUCACUCUCAAGGAACAGUUUGAAAAGGAUAAGGAUGAUGAAAGCUUGAGGAGGUGGAAGGAACAGCUUCUUGGAAGCGUGGACUUUGAUUCUGUUGGAGAAACACUGGAGCCAGAUGUCAAGAUCGUGAGCCUUGCAAUAAUUUCUCCUGAUAGACCUGAUAUAGUACUGCAAAUUCCUGAGAAUGGAAAACCCAAAGGCUUGUGGUUUACUUUGAAAGAAGGCAGCCGUUAUAGCCUCAAGUUCACCUUCCAGGUCUGCAACAACAUCGUGUCUGGUCUCAAAUACAGCAACACGGUAUGGAAAACCGGUGUUAAAGUGGACAGCACAAAAGAGAUGAUCGGAACUUUCAGUCCACAGCAGGAGCCCUACAUGCAUGAAAUGCCUGAAGAGACGACACCGUCUGGCAUUUUUGCUAGAGGGUCGUAUUCAGCCAGAAGUAAGUUUGUUGAUGAUGACAACAAGUGUUACCUCGAGAUCAACUACACUUUUGACAUCCGAAAAGACUGGAAUUCGACUUCAUGAAGCGCUGUCCAACUCUAUCAAACAUGGCCCUGGUCUCGCUUGUUUCGCAGGUUGAUAUAUCUGAUGUAUUACCAUAGCUGUGUAACUUAUCUUCAGUUUCGUCCUGGAUGGUCAUCUAGACAAUUCGAGAGAAGAUAUUUGUUCAAAAUUUUAUUGGCAUGAAGAAAAUAGGUUUGAAGAAAGAAGCUGCUGUUCCUUAUGAGUAAUUUCGAAGUGGUGCAUCUGAGCGUUUUCUCAGUCUCUGUUUCUCUCGGUCUUAAUGAGUAUUGUGAUCAUAAGAACUAGUUGUCAAGAGCAAUGUAUGUUUUCAUCGUCUAUAUCUUUUGGGUAUCUUUUAGCUGAUUCAGUGUGCAAGGAAGUGGUGAAGUAAAGGCCUCUUUGCUACUGUAUUUGCUUCCUUCACAUGAAUGAAGUUGCUCAAAUUUGUUA